AUGCAGUCGUGGCCUAAUCCCGGCCAGGGUGACGGCAAUGAGCAGGAUGCAUGGCAAUCUAAUUUUGCCUAUGACGACCAGGGAACCGCUUUCGAUCCUGACCAGCAAUGGGCCCAGCAGCUGACGGGCCAGACGACCGACUUUUCACAUCUACACCAGGACCCUGCAUCGUUCUUCGACGCGUCUUCUGCAUCUGCCAAUCCAUAUGUGCAAGCGCAGUCGCUACACGCUAGUCCUACGAAUCAACCUGCGUUUCCGGCACAUCAGUACGCACAACAGGGCCAGGAUGCCAUUGAUCCUGCUUUCCAUAAUGUACAUCCAACCCUGUAUGCGCAUGGAGCCAAGCCCGGUGACAGUGGGCAUGUCGAUCACUUGGACGAAGGGCGACCGUUUCCUCAGCACAACUAUCCUUUCCCUGCUCAAGGAGACGCGUCUUUCCGCCAACAGCCGCAACAGUUUGGCCAAUCGCAUUUGCAGCAGCCUCAAGUCAGCCGCCAGCCAGAGCAGUUUGGCGUGUUUGCGCAAAAUCAGCAGGCAGCAGUUGAGCCCCAGCGUGUCGUCACGCCCCAGGGCGCAUUCCGCCAGAGCCCAGCCCUUUCUCAGCCACCCAGCGGUCAACAAGCGCAAUAUCAAACCGAUCCUCACCUGACUUAUGCUGCACAAAGGCAGCACUAUCAAUUGCACGGCGAUCAAUUAAGCACGCAACAGCCACCGAGACAAGGCUAUCAGGAUGGCCUGCACACAUUUCAAGGACAACCAGCAGUUGUCCAACAGAAUGCCAUGCAAUACGUCCCCAACGCCUAUCAGGCCGUUGAUGCGACUGAGACCACUAUCAAGAGGAACAGGUCUACAAAAGCCUCCGACUCCAGCUCUGAAGGCCCACAAGAUUCGACGCCAGAAGCAUCAGGAAGAAGGGCCGAGGACAUGGAUGCUUAUCCUGCUCCUGUACCCUCCGCCGAAGACCAAGAGCAGCUCUCCAAGUUCAGCAAGCGCAGCAAAUCCGCCCAAGUCAAAUAUCCAUCAAUAAAUGGCCUGCCGCACCUUGUAUUUGAUGGCAGCAUAAAAAUUCCGACCCCCAAGAGUUUCGACAAGCUUGCGCCCCUCGUCACAUUACCACCAAGGUCUGGCAAAGCCAUGGUCCCGGAACUGGGCUAUAGCCUGCCCUGCGAAAUCCAAGGAAAUUUUACGAGCCAGUACCGUCCAGCCCCCGAUCGAGCUGGUCUAAACGAGAGACGCAUGGAAGCAAAGGAUCUUCUGGAUCAAUUUGAAGUAUCUAUGAAAGCUAUGGGAAAGCGUCGCCCCAAGUACACGGAGUAUCCCCACGCAUUCAAAGAGCAGAUGAAAUCAGACGAGGCUGUCAAAAACAAGGCCGGAAAAAAGGUUAAGAAGCAGCAGGGAGGUGACCAGAAUAAGCCUAUUCGCCCCGCUGCCCGACCAACAGAUCCUGUAGAGGCAGCAAGCUGGGAUGCCAUUGGUAUCGUGCAUAUUGACCAGUCCGUUGCCCGAACCAGCUCGUUGAUCGCGCAGCGAGUGCAGCAAGCUGGCGACUUAUUCAUUAAGCUGCGAGGCGAAAUGAACAAGGCAAAACAAGAGCUAGAUCAAAUGACCAAGGACAAAAAAACGGAGUCUGAAGUUGCGGCUAUGAAAGCUGAGUACGAACAAAGGAAGGAAGCAUUCUAUCGUGCCUUGGAUUCGACAGUCGAGCAUGCUGACGACGCUGUCUUGGAUAAUCUGGGCGGCCACCAGAAACUCAUUCUAAGCCUCGUCAAUGCUUUAAUUUCUUGCAUUAAAGCUGCCGAUUUCUCCGGCAAGCUGCCAAAGAUUGUACUCGAGCUCAUAUCGCUCUUCCGCAUGACAAAGAAAAUCAUUGACACCACAAACUUUGAGACUGUCCGCAAGCGCUUCGGCGACAAGGGUGACGCAGAUGUCAAAGACUUUAUUCAGGAUAUCAAUGCCAAAAUCAGAAAGGUCAUGAAAACUAGCGAACCCGAGACGGCGACUGGCUACACAGGCACAUCAGCGGCCAGUAGAGCCAAGGCCGCGGUCAAACCAGCUACCGAUGCGACGACAAAGCGAAGCAGAGAGGACGACUCGGACAGCCGAACCACCAAGAAAAUUGUUCUUGAGCAACCAGGCAGCUCGCUGCUCAAGAAGCUUGCUCAACCAAAGGCGCAGCCACAAGUUGUUCCGAAGCCUGUUGCAAGCUCUCUUUUGCCCGGCAAAAGCCGGCCGGCCGCCAAACCCGUUGCCAAGUCUGAAGCAACGGCAAGCGCAGGUAGUCCUGCAGCUUCUGGCGACGAGAAGCUAAAGGCCCCUGUCCGUAAAGUAUCCGACAGCAAAACCGAGCCAGCAAAGGUGCCAGUACCGAAACCGACACCCUCAGCAGCAUCGAGCGCACUUUCUGGUAUCGCGUCACUGUUGGACUCUAUCAAUGCACCAAAGGUCGAAGCUGCCGCAAUAGCAAACGCUAUAAAAGAAGUCGAGAUCGAAGAUGACACGGAAUCCCCCGCGGCAAAGGCCAAGAGGCUGCGAAAGCUGGAGCGUCGCAAGCUGCGUGUCACGUGGAAGCCAGAUCAUGAACUUGUGCAAACCAAGGUUUUCACAAAGGACGACAACGAGGAUGAAGGACGCGCCAUGAACAUGAUUCGCGAUGCAGCCGACGAUAAAUCAGAAGGCAUGAUGCUGAAGCAACGCAUGGGCAUGGAUGAAGAUGAAGAUGAAGAGGAUGUUCCCUAUCAACCGUGGCUUGGUCCGGUAGAAAUGGACCUUUCCGGGCUGUCGGCGGAUGUUCGAAGCAAGAACUUUACCACUCGUGGUGGGACUGUUACCUUUUCGACCGACGAGCAGAAACGCAUCGCUGAAAGAGAACAGCGAGAGCUUAUGGCCAUUUACACCGACCCUGGCGAUAUUCCGCCGACGCCAAAAUCACCUCCUCCAGAAUCCGCAAGCACUACAUCCAGCGUCAAGGUUGGGCAACUGCCAAGCGACGACCCGAAGUUUGCUGAGAUCCAGCGACGCUGGGCCGAUGCGCAACAGAUGGGUGUCGAACAAGCGUUAGUUGCGGCAGUUCAGCGUCUUGAUGCCAAGCAAAGUCCCGCCAACAAGCUCGACGCCAUUCUCGGGCGUCUUCAGAACAGCAAUCCUGCUUCAUCUGCUAACCAGCCAGCUCCAUCUCCCGCCGCAGCCCAGCAGCGCAUUUCGAUAGCAGCAAGCAACGUUCCCUUGCUCGUUGGGCUUGCAGCAGAAGAGGGCAUUCUCGGAUGGCUUCGCUCAGACAAGAUUGCGGCGUGGAACGACCCGAACCCUGUUCAUGGAGACCUCUCACGGCCACACCGAUACGCAGACUCUACCCAAGCAGCAGGCCACGCUGUCGAGACUGUCGCCAAGUCUCUGCAAGGAAAACCUUACCCGGCCAACGCGCCUCCUGACUGGAUGCUUCAGUAUGAAGACAAGGUCAAAGAGUGGUGGUUCGGUUAUAACAAGGAAGCGCCGGCAAGACAGCGCAGAGAAGAUGAGAGACGGGCCAGAGCUGCAGCGGAGGCUGGACCAGCGGCUAUCGCACAGGGCAUGCAAGACUGGUCGUACGCGCCGGAAUACGCUCCUUACAUGGCGAUACUGCAACAGAUGAAUGGCGGAGCAGUAGCGGCGCCGCCGCCACCACCACCGCCGCCACCGCAGCAGCAGCAGCAGUCACAGUUGGAUGACAGCCAGCUGCAUUCUAUUUUGUCGGCCAUCAACCAGGCCCCUCAGCAACCUAACCAACCCGGCGGGGAUGCUGCGUACCAGAUGAUGAUGCAAAUGGCGCAAGGCCAGGCCUCGCAGCAGCAGGUGACUGGCGGAGACAGAGAUCGUGAUUGGGACAGAGAAGAUGAUCAGGAUCGGGGACGACCGCGAGACUGGGAUCGCGAGCGCGGCCGAAGCGAUGGCGGACGAGAGGAGCCGUACCGCAAGAAGAAGGCAACGCUCCCACCACAUAAGCCCGCCAACAAGGCUUUGAUUGGCACCAAGGCGUGCACGUUCUGGCAGCAGGGCAAAUGUGCUCGUGGUGAUCAGUGUACAUUUCGACACGACUGA